GAGCGAGUUUCCAGCAUCCCGAGCGAGAUGCUCUAGUUUCCGCCCGAGAAUUCCAACUGACAUGCGCCCAUCUCCACCGAGGAUGCGCGCUCUCUUGCCAAGUGAGCAGGGAUGGAGGGAGACGAAUGAUCCACGAACUCAUCCGAAAACCCCAUAAGGCGGCCUCGCACUACCAUGGCAUGGUUAGCAGUCAGCAGCUUGCGUUGUUAUCAGCAACAGCGGCAGCAGCUCUGCCAUACAGGGUAGCCUUGCCCCAAAAUCAUCGCCCCAACUGGACGACGGCCCGCGGCGGCAGUAGCGAGAGCGAGCGUGCUAGCACACUACUACCACUCUACCAGCACGCACGCAGCACGCAAGGAUCUGCAGCACUGAAGGUGUGUGUGUGUGUAUACGCGUGUGUUUGCCGCACGCGUAUAUGUGGUAGUGGCGGCAGUGUUUCGUUCACAGAUAAAGGAGUGCCCCGCAGUUUAGAGGAAAUUCACAGCAAUUCGCGAUAACGUGAUACCGUGAACACAAAAGAGGGAUUUGUCGGUGAGUGACAGUGCGUGCAUGUGUGUGUAUGUGAAUCUGCCCCCCAUUCAUCACGCCAUGUCCAGCUAACUGAGUAAAGUACACCGCGUAGGUGCCUUUCCUUCAUCUCCCUCUUCCCAUCCAUCUCUACUGGCAGUGGGUGAGGAAAGGCGUUUCCUCGCUGUGGUAUUUUCCUUACCCCAACCCAACCCAUCCCACCACAUCCACACUUCUAUCUCUCUCUCUCCAACGUCACACACACUCGUGCACGUUCGGGAGUGCACACGCACUCGCGUGUUAGUGCGAUACCUGGUACGAUUCGGUUAUGUCGCACGGCGAUCCUUUCCGCGAUUAGCCGUAGUCGUCCUCGUCGUCGUUCCAGAGCGUGUGAAACACCUGGUGGAGGUGGUGCUGCAGUGUGUAGAAGGUACUGCUAGCUGCUCUGGCACGCCAGUAACUCGUUGGAAAGUUGAGGCGCUGGGGUACAGCAGCACACGAGCGGUGAGGCGUUGGCCCUCGUGACGUGGCGUGACGUUGUGCAGUAAUCGGAAGAAACGGGUAUCACAUUGCGGGCAAGAUGCGUCCGAGUGUGCUAAUCCUGUCGGUGCUGUUAGCGCUGCAGCAGUAUCUAGGGAUGGGGUCAUGUUCGGAGGACGAGGAACGGCUGGUGCGUGACCUGUUUCGCGGUUACAACAAGCUCAUUCGCCCGGUACAAAACAUGACACAGAAGGUGGACGUGCGGUUCGGACUCGCCUUCGUGCAGCUGAUUAACGUGAACGAGAAGAAUCAGAUUAUGAAAUCGAACGUGUGGUUGCGGUUGGUGUGGAGCGACUAUCAGCUGCAAUGGGACGAGGCUGAUUACGGCGGCAUCGGGGUACUGCGGCUGCCCCCAGACAAGGUCUGGAAGCCGGACAUUGUGCUGUUCAACAAUGCCGAUGGUAACUACGAGGUGCGCUACAAAUCAAACGUGCUGAUCUACCCGAACGGUGAGGUACUGUGGGUACCGCCCGCCAUCUAUCAAAGCUCCUGCACGAUCGACGUCACCUACUUCCCGUUCGACCAGCAGACCUGCAUCAUGAAGUUCGGUUCGUGGACGUUCAACGGUGAUCAGGUGUCGCUAGCCCUCUACAACAACAAGAACUUCGUCGACCUGUCCGACUACUGGAAGUCGGGAACGUGGGACAUUAUCGAAGUGCCCGCCUACCUCAACGUGUACGAGGGCAAUCCGACCGAGACGGACAUCACAUUUUACAUCAUUAUCCGGCGCAAGACACUCUUCUACACGGUCAACUUGAUACUGCCCACCGUGCUGAUCUCGUUCUUGUGCGUGCUCGUCUUCUACCUGCCUGCCGAGGCGGGUGAAAAGGUGACGCUCGGCAUCAGCAUUCUCCUGUCACUGGUUGUGUUUCUGUUGCUGGUUUCGAAAAUUUUGCCACCCACCUCGCUGGUGCUGCCACUGAUCGCCAAGUAUCUGCUGUUCACCUUUAUCAUGAACACGGUCUCGAUCCUGGUGACGGUGAUCAUCAUCAACUGGAACUUCCGCGGUCCGCGCACGCACCGGAUGCCGAUGUGGAUCCGGUCCGUCUUUCUGCACUAUCUGCCCGCGAUGCUGCUGAUGAAGCGCCCGCGCAAGACGCGCCUGCGCUGGAUGAUGGAGAUGCCGGGCAUGAGCGUGCCGCCGCAGCCGCACACCCACCCGUCGUAUGGAUCGCCCGCCGAGAUACCGAAGCACAUUAGUGCGCUCGGCGCGAAGCAGUCGAAGAUGGAGGUGAUGGAGCUGUCCGAUCUGCACCAUCCGAACUGCAAGAUGAACCGGAAGCUGAACAGUGGCGAUCUCGGGAUCGGCGCGGAUAGCUGCCGCCGGGAGAGCGAAAGCUCUGACUCAAUCUUGCUGUCGCCCGAGGCUAGCAAGGCGACCGAGGCAGUCGAGUUCAUAGCCGAGCAUCUGCGCAACGAAGAUCUGUACAUACAGACACGGGAGGAUUGGAAGUACGUCGCGAUGGUGAUCGAUCGGUUGCAGCUUUACAUUUUCUUCAUCGUCACCACGGCCGGUACGGUCGGUAUACUGAUGGAUGCGCCGCACAUCUUCGAGUACGUCGAUCAGGACCGCAUCAUCGAGAUCUACCGUGGCAAGUAAAGGAUAGGGGCAAGCAUCCAACAACCACACAAAUGCACACACACACACACACACACACACACACACACACACACACACACACACACACACACACACACACACACACACACACACACACACACACACACACACACACACACACAUACAGACACGCAUAGAACACAUACAACUGUAACCUCCAAGUGCACAAUGUGGCAUGGCUGAAACGAAGAAGCGCUGUUGGCCGCGCUUCCGGCUCGAGAGUGGUCUCGAAUGCGGUACCCUCCCUUUCAGCAAUAGUUCAUUUUUUAGGGUGAGUCAUAUACCCGUCCGCACAAUCCUCGAUCAAACAGCACUUCAUCGGAUGGCAGGCCCACGUUCAACUACUUCGCUAUUUCGGACAGAUAGUCAUCGGUCCAGUGCCUGAUAAGUAUAUAAGGUGCAAUCUGUCUAGUUCACACUCGCGGUGAGGCACGGUUCCCGCAACCAUAGAAAAGCAAGAAGAAGGAAAAAAUCAACAAUCGUAAUGCAUUUUGUCAGGUUCGUUAAAUAGUUGCCUAGACAUCGUUUACCCCAUUAAUUGCCAGUAAGGAAGACAUAAGUAAGAGAGCGACGAAGAGAAAUAUAGAGCGAGAGAGAGAGAGAGAGAGAAAGAGAAAGAGAGCGAGUGAGAGAGAGAAAGAGAGAUAGAAAGAAAGAGAGAGAGAGAGAGAGAGAGAGAGAGAGAGAGAGAGAGAGAGAGAGGGGGGGGGGGGGGGGAAGAGAGAGGAAGAGAGAGAUAACGAAUGAAAGCCGGUCAACACUGGUACCACAAUAGCCAAUACACAUCAGCGUUGCGCCAGCCAUACGUUAAGUUUCUGUAGAUACUACCUUAUAGUUUAAUUGCAAUAACCAACAUGCGGGUAAUUGGGGAAGCAAUAGUAUUCGCCAUCUCGUUGCUGCUAGACAGUGUGCUGCCUGCCCAAACGUUGCUUACCGUCGAAUUGAAGCAAUUCUUGUACUUGUUUUAUGUGACAGAUAGAGAGAAGAUGAGAGAGAUCCGGAAAACAUGAAAAAGAUAAAAAAGAAAUAAAUAGAGCAAGAGAGAGAAAGAGAUAGACAGAUAAAGAGAAAGAGAGAGAGGGAGAGAGAGAGAGAGAAAGAGAGAGAGGGGAGGGAGAAGCAGAAUAAGUUAAGAAACGCUGCACAACCAUUAUAGCAAACAAUAAGAAAGGAACUUUUACCGUCAUAAGCAGCAGCAGCCACACACAUGUUCAUCCAACAGCAUUAACCCUACACUUUACACAGUUACACGAUCGCACAUACACAUGUAGUGUUUGUUGUACAGCUUGGCGGAAAAUAGCGUCUGCAGGUUUGCUAAUCAACCACUAACGACAAAGGACAGUCGUCAAAUUGGUAUAACACUCUGCCGAAACGCCAAUAUGUAGCUCAUACGAGUAAGAGAGAGAUAGUUAAAUAGAGAAAGGAAUAAAGAGGAGAGAGAGAGAGAGAAAGAGAGAGAGAGAAAGGAAUAAAGAGGAGAGAGAGAGGUAGAGUGAAAAAGGAGGGAAGAGAAAGAGAGAUGAAUGAAGAGGACAACAAUGCUUCAAUCAGAGUAUUAAAAGGGGAAGCAAUUUGCCAAGGUCGUUGACUGUUAAUUUUUUUAUAUCGAAUAAUCUUUAAGUAGCUCAAUAUUACCUAUUCGUUAAAGUACGAUCCAACGGAAGGAAGAAAUGGGGAUACAUCUAUAAGGAGAGUAGCAAAACUAUAACUAUUCGAAUGUUGGCACGUUUAAUUAAAGAAAGUGCAAGAAAACUGGAGAGCGAGACAGAGCGAAAAAGCGAUAGGCUAAACCAAAAGGCAAUACGUGUUUCGCGAAAAAUAGCAGGAUUUCCCUUUUCCCCUGUAACUCUUCAAUGUUGUGGAGCUGUACCCACAUUGAGGGUAAAUGGAAGAAACGAGUAAAAGCUAGUCAACUGCAAUUUCUAUAAAACAAAACUAACUAACAAAAAAAAACGUCGUGUUUAAACCGAUAAGUUGGAUAACAAUAACAAAACAAAAAAAAAGCAAAAGACUAUUUAAUGUGUGUGUGUGUCUUGUUUUCUGUGACGCCCUUGGCACCGAUGGCAUUAUUAGCAAAACGGCAACUUGUGGCCGGUAGGAGGAAUAGAGGACAAGAAGAAAUAUGUUGUGUCUCCACGGGACAUAACAAGAAAGAGCUUUGUUUCCGAUGUUAAUAAUGGUAACGAGCAAGGAUGAUUGGUUUUGUUCUUUUUAUAUAUCUGUCAUGUUGUUCGAAGUUAGCGAAUAGAUGGAGAAAAGGAGAGAGCGUGUGAAGAAUACUAAAAAAACACUAUCCUAUCAGUUGAACUAAUAACCUAUAAGCAAUUGUAUCUAAUUAAACAAAAGCAAAGACACGCACAGAAACAAAUUUGUAAGUUAACCUGUCUACUGUGUACGGGAAACCGACUCACGAGACAAACAACAACAACAACAACAACAAAAACACACACAAACGAGUAUUUUAUUAUCGUCUAUACAUCCCUAGUACAUUUUCAACUAACGUUUAUGUACGAAACGAAAAACAUAACAUUAUCGUAAACCAAACACUAGAGUGGAGGUGCCCAGACAACGCAGAUCGGAAAGCCAAACAAGUAAGCAAAUAAGAACAAACAACCUACAAACCACACAUAUACAACUGCAAACGGAAAGCAAAUUACACUCAUUACUCAUUACGCGUAUUACGUAUACAUCAAACCAAAACCCUUAUACGAACAGCAACUUAUAACAUAACAUAGGACCCUUAUAAAAUAGCAAUGCAUUACGUCGUAACCGGAAAUAACUGAGGAAGGAAAACUGUGAAACCGUGUGUAUGGCAGAGAAAAAGAUGAAAGAGGAGCCGCAUAUAGAUGAUGCCGAAGCAAGUACCAGUUCUUCGGAACAAAGUCCUAGGGUAAUAUUGCAUGAAUGUUUUCUAUAACCUAACAAACAAACAAAAAAACGAACAAAUAAAUAAAACAAAACAUUAAAAAAACACACACACAAACAAUACGCUAAACCUUGGUGAGGGUGCGAGCUAAAUAGAGGAAAAAAAGAAAAAAAUAA